AUGGCGUGGGAGCAGCUCUCGAUAAACAAGCCGCAUCUGGUGUAUAUCAUUCUCGGCGGGUUCACCAGCAUAUUCAUGCUAUGUUCGCUCUUCAUCAAGGAGAAACUGUACAUCGGUGAAGCGACCGUCGCGACCAUAUGCGGCGUCAUAUUUGGCCCGCAUGCCGCCGACCUGAUCAACCCUCUGACCUGGGGCAACACCGACCAGGUCACCCUGGAAUUCUCCCGCAUUGUCCUCGUCGUCCAGUGCUUUGCCGUGGGUGUUGAAUUGCCAAAAUCAUACAUGGAGAGGCACUGGAAGUCGGUCACGUUCCUUCUUGUCCCGGUCAUGACCUUUGGCUGGCUGGUCACCAGUUUGUUCAUCUGGUGGAUGAUCGUCCCCUUGACGUGGCUGGAGUCACUGGUCAUCGCAGCUUGCGUUACCGCCACCGAUCCUGUACUGGCUUCUUCCGUCGUCGGUAAGGGCAAGUUCGCCAAACGAGUACCGAAACAUCUUCGAGACGUUCUGUCUGCGGAGUCAGGUUGCAACGACGGCAUGGCGUUUCCGUUCAUUUACUUGUCUCUGUACCUCGUGCGCUAUCACUUGAAAGGCGGUCCGGUCGUCUUCCAUUGGGUGUGUUUUACGAUUUUGUACGAGUGCGUCUUUGGCGCCUUCUACGGUGUUAUGGUUGGGUACAUCGGUCGUCAUAUGAUCAAACUCGCCGAGCGCAAAGGCCUUAUCGACCGAGAGAGCUUUUUGGUCUUCUACUUCGUCCUGGCUCUCUUUUGCGCCGGCUCCGGCAGUUUGUUGGGCAUGGAUGACCUCCUCAUUGGAUUUGCUGCCGGCGUGGGUUUCUCCAACGACGGUUGGUUUACCGAGAAAACAGAGGAGUCGCAUGUCUCGAAUGUCAUUGACUUGCUUCUCAACCUGGCCUAUUUUGUCUACUUCGGGACCAUUAUUCCGUGGGACCAGUUCAACUUCCACGAAUUUGGCUUGGUUCCCUGGAGGCUGGUUGUCAUCUCGAUCUUCGUCGUCUUUUUCCGCCGAAUACCUGCAAUGCUGGCACUGAAGCCACUCAUUCCGGAUGUCAAAACCUGGCGAGAAGCCCUAUUCGCUGGUCACUUUGGCCCGAUUGGGGUCGGCGCUAUCUUUGCUGCAAUACUUGCCCGUGCAGAGUUGGAGACCGACUCAACCACACCUCUGGCCGUUCUCCCAAGUGAAGCGCAAAACGAGGAGUAUCUCCUGAUCUACCUCAUCUGGCCGGUUGUCACGUUUCUGGUUAUAACCUCGAUCUUGGUGCAUGGUUCCUCGAUCGCCGUGUUCACUCUCGGCAAACGGAUCAACACCUUGACCAUCACCCUGUCCUACACACAAGAUAACGAAAAAGGGCCGGCGUGGAUGAAUCGACUUCCUCGCAUUACCUCUCAGUCAAGAUCCAUGUCACGCAUGGACAGCUCGGACCUGGAAGUGGACGAGAAAUUGGAUGUUCCACCAGGAGAACUUCCUCCCAUUGGAAUACCCAAGCUUCAUCUCAGACGUCAACGCGAGGACGAGUACGAGAAGAAGCCGGUCUCUAGGUCCUCGAGUCUCGGACGACCACGAAGAAGGAGGCGUAGGGACAGAGAUUCAGGCGAACGUCUGGGAGGCCCUAUCAGCCAAAGCGCCAUUGCGCCGGCGAGAAGCAGUGAACCUGGUCUGCUGCAACAAGAGUCCGGCUCGGAUACUCUCUUUGAGAAGUCGGGCGAACCUUCACCGGAGAGUCCCCAAGAGCGCCUCGUGACAGGUUCGCCCACGUCAUCUCCGGAACGAGAUCAACUUGAAGCGGAGCACGAGGCCGAAGCCCGAAAGGAGGGGAGCGGCCGCGAACACUCUCCGGUGCCCAAGGAUAGACCCGCAGACAUCGAGGUGUACGAGGAGGGUGAUAACAUCAUUGUCGAGGAUGAAGAAGGAAAUGUGGUAGAUACAAUCGACACAAAGAAUAUGUCGGCAGAAGAAAAGGUGGCGGCCGUUGAAAAGGCUCGGAAUCGCUUAACCAAAGACGAGUCUGGGCGAUUUGCUAAACACAAACACGAGACGCAUUCCAGAACUGAGGGUGAAGAGAUCGAGGAGCAUGUUGCACAAGCGGCAAUUCCCAAAUCCAUGCGCCACAGAUUCGACCAGUGGAAAGGAUUUGGCAGGCGCAAAGAAGGAGAAGCCGAGCCUUCAGAGGAAAAGAAGACAGAAAGAAAGCGUGGUCCGGCUCAUGCCUACCAGUUUGGCAAUACCGUUAUAGUCGAGGACGAAGACGGAGAGGUCAUCAAGACGUACACCAUUCCUAGUGAGGCUGGUGGCAGCGACAGGCGCAGAGACCAGCAGAUGCGCGCAGGUCUGCGGCGCAUGAGUACUUGGGUUGGUCUUGGUCGCCAGGGUGCUGGACCAAGCGCUGCCGCCCCUGAAGUGGCAGCGGUUCAGGGCGAAGAUGUCGAAGAGAAGCCUGAAGCAAAGACUGACAAGAAGAGGCGGAUAAGCGAUGCAUCCUCCGAUGAUGGCUUGAGAAUGACCAUCUCGAGCCGUGACCAGUACGGCUUGACCGGGUUGCAGAAGAAGACUCGCGAUGUGCCUGGUACAAUAGCGCUUGGCUCAGGACGACGCCUGUCGACGAGAGACUUCAUCAAACAAAUGCAGCAACUCGAUCCGAAGAGCAAGAUUCGGGAAGUCGAGCAGAGUGAUGCUGGGGAAGAUAUUAAGCGAGAAGUGCGAAAGGCAGCGAAAGAAGAAGGCCUCGACGAGACGAUGACUCCUGCUGAGAAGCCUGGACGCGGCCGGGCUGGAACAAGCACUGCUGCUGCAACGCAAGAAACGCCUGGAAAUGGAAGCAGGGCUGCGCCUCCGCGGGAAGCUGAAGACUAUUUCAGUUCGCAAGGAAGACCAAAGGUGGGUUCGACGAGUAAUGCGCACGCUACACUGCAAGAGGAAAGCGAAGAGGAGGAGGAGUCGGGUAUUCCCACCCACGACGUCCGGUCUACAGUCGCUCGACACAGCCUGGGUCAGACCGCUGCUGAUGCUAGGAGACGACAGCUGGCGAGGAUCCGGUCAGAGGAUGAAGAGGAUGACGGUGAGGAAGGAGAGACAGCGGCGGAGAAGAGACGUCGGCUGGCUGCAUUGGGUCUCGGGGCUGAAGACACGAGCAGCGAGAGCGAGGGAGACGAAGAUGAACCCCGCCGUGCCGAGGCGGCGGUUCAAGAACCUGACCAUGAGCCAGAAUCUUCGCCGUCUGCACAACCCAAAGCUCGGAUUCAGUGGGGUGGCGAGAGUGGCAGAGAGCGAGAGAAGAAGACAGAGUCGCAGCCGGAGCCGCGGAGCGAGCCCGUCGACAUCUACGCAGGCGAUCCGGUAGUGGGCGCUGCACGGAGGCUGAGGAGGAUGAUGAAGAAGAAGAGACAGCAAUAA